AAGGCAUCGAAAAAUAUGCCAUUUCUGUACAAGAAUUGGAAUGCUCCAAGAUUGAGAAUAAGCGUUGGCGUGUACACAGCUAUUUAUUGUGUGUACUCCUGAAACACAUUCUUUAUAUUUACUUUAGCAUUUUGUACAGCUCAAGAAAUGUCGCGUCCGCGCUUAGUCUAUUUCUUUUAUUUUGAAAAACUUAACCGGAAACCUAAUGCUAAUUCUAGCUGCCUUGACGUUUUGUCCAGCCCGACUGUACAGCAGGUUGAUGAAUUAAGCGCCACCGGCUAGGGCAGACAACGAUGAGGUGGUGAAAUACUGGUUAUUAAAUUGUAAUUCGAGACAAUUAUUUUAUCUUGUCAGAUUUAUAAAUAUUUUACGACUCCUUCCGUGCAAAAAAUGACGACGACCACGACAUUUCAAGGGAUGGAACCCGGUUCCAAAAGCAGUUCCAGGGUUUUGCGCCCUCCAGGUGGUGGCUCCAACAUUUCUUUUGGCACAGAUGAGGAGAAACCACCUGUCCGAAAAAACAAGAUGGCCUCCAGUGUUUUCGCUGAGCCAGAGGACCCCUAUGCUCAUCGAAGGAACAACCCACCUGGUGGGAAGCCGACAGGAGUUCUGUGUGGUGAGCCCUCCGCCCCCCUGAGGAGAGGAGCAAAUCACACCAUCAACCACUCUGCAGAGGCCCCAGCCGCAGAUGGAAACAAUCAUGUAGGCGAUGCAGACAACACCACUGGUGCUGAGCCUGAAGCUGUCCCAGAGCAAAAGGAGGAGGCCCCCCCAGCCGAAGACCCUGCUGCAGGAUUACCCUCCGGCCGCAGGAACCCCCCCGGGGGUAAAUCCAGCCUCAUCCUGGGCUGAAUCUCAUCCAGCUACCCCUCCCCACCUCCACAUCUCUCUGAACUCAUCUUUACACUUUUUUUUUUUAACACCAGGAACUUGCCAUUCAUCUGUACCCUAGAAAUUCUAUCUGGUGUUCACUUAUCACCAGUGUCUUUCCCAUCCCCAAGUGCAUUGUUUUAAUACCUCCUUUUUGAAAAAUGUUUUGUACUGUUGUAAUAUUUUUCUUUGUUUUUUGACAGAAGCACUUUAUGUAUCUUUAUGUAUUUGAUUCAAAGCCUGCCUUUCCCCUUGCAGUGCAUUACACCUGCUGGAGAGGGCACAAGGUUAGCUUUGUUUGUCUCUCAUAACUACAAACCCUAAACUUUCCCUGUGACCCCACUGUAAUGGCACAAGUUCUCAUGACCUAUGUGACCGGUUUCUAAAAGAAAAGCUAAGAAAAAUAGAUAUAAAGUGAGUUGUAGCUUUUGCACCGUGUUCAAUUUUGGCCAACCUGCAUGCACGUCUGGUCUGUGAUGUACGAAUGUGAGAAGAAAAAUAACUGUGAAGGAGUUUUUAUUCUGAUUAUCAUUAUUAUUAGUUAAGCUGGUUACACUGGACUAAAUUACGUUUUUGUGGGAUAAAUUAUGUAUUGUUGUUGCAUGAAGUUGGAAUCUUUCUACUGAUAACAGUAUUAUUAUCCACAUAGGAGCCAGAUAUAUUACUGUCAUUAUACUCUGAAGGAUGCAAACAAUUGUCUCCAGAUGAAUGCUGUCGGUCCCCUGUCAAGAAAUGCAGAAUUGGAAUUAGCCUUUUUUUUAUACUGUAGCUAUUGCCCUUAGAAUAUUGUAACCCCAGUGCCGGUUUUGAGUGCCAUGUGUUUUUAUAAGUAAAAUUUACUCUGAAACAAAGUGUGCCUGUUUCUGUGUUAGGCUACAACAUCAAACAGGGUUGGGUUUCCUAAAUGCAUCUUUGCAGCAGCACUGAGAUGCUUUUCCCUCUACUGUAAAUCAGCGGGAUGGUGCUCUUUUUGCUGCAGUGUUUCUGGCAAACCCACCCUAGAUUUGACAAGUGACCUUAUGACAGCUCAGCCUACUUAUGUCUGUGUUUUCCCCCCCUUUAUACAUUGUUUGUUCCUAUUGUCUUUUGUUCCUGUUCACCAGAAAUUUGUAAAGCAGUCUUUUUGUACAUUUGAUGCGAUUUGGUAAGGUUUCCAGACUGGAAUCCACACUCUUUCCCACUUCUGUCAUGUUGUGUCACAGGUCUGAUGCUGUGUCAGCCAGCUGUCAUGCAAGAAAACCAACAGGUCAAUCAGUUGUAUCAAAGGUUACGAGAAAAUUGGUUUAUUUUAGUCGGUGCUUUUAGGUGCAAGACAUGUCUUUUUGCAUCCUGUACUAAGUCUGGCUUGUUGCUGGAUUUAAGUCACUGUAGAAAUUUUAAAUUGGCACAAAUGAAAAUGAACAUUAAACGCCAUUUUUGACCCGGGA